AUGGAUGACCGAUCCGUCCCACCCGGCCCUUUACUACUCAAUUUUAAGCCCUCGGAGCUUCGAAUCGCGUCGAAGUUCCUCACCACUUGUUUGCCCUUCCUUUCCAGAGAUCUCUGCCAAGACUGCUUCCAAACCUUCUCUGAUCGCCUCCGCUCCCUCGAGCUUGAAAUUAGUACUGAUGCCGGACACGAGUUCUCGGACGAGGAUUUUGAUGCUCCAGUUUCGGAGAAAACCGAAUCGCAGCUGGGGAUGAAUGCCUAUUACGACGGGACCAGCGACACCUAUUCCGUUGGUAGUUGGAUAGACGGUGCCAGCCGAUAUUUUGAUUAUUUUGUUCCAGAACAGUUUAUGAGGGGACCACCUAGCCACGAUCGGAUGUCCUGGGUCAACAUGGCAAAGGAGGAAGAAGACGAGCUCGUAGAAGAGGACGAUGAGGAGGACUCUGAGGUCAUGACCAAACGGGUGGUUGGUGUGAAGACUUCCACCGGGGGAUCGAGAAUAUCGAUGAAGGCCAUUGCAAAGCCACCGAAGCCGAAGUUGUUAAGGGAACAGAGAGAGCGCAUUCGGUUAAUGAAAGUGAAGCGAAAGCAAGACUUUGUUUGGUCUGAAAAAUUGAAGGGUAAGAUUGUUAAUAUUCUGGAAGGGCUUGAGCUUCACACUGGUAUUUUUAGUGCUGCGGAGCAGAAGAGAAUAGUAGAUUAUGUGUAUAAACUUGAGGAGAUGGGGAGAAAAGGAGAAUUGAAAGAACGGACAUUUACGGCACCGACUAAGGGCAAGGGACGUGUGACAAUUCAAUUUGGGUGCUGUUACAAUGAUGCAACGGAUAAAAAGGGUAAUCCGGCUGGAAUUCUCCAUGAUCAGACCGUAGAUCCUAUGCCUCAUCUUUUCAAGGAGAUCAUUAAGAGGCUUAUCAGAUGGCAUGUACUUCCUGGGACCUGUAUACCCGAUAGUUGCUUUGUCAACAUCUAUGAAGAAGGAGACUGUAUGCCUCCGCACAUUGACAACCGUGAUUUUUUACGGCCAAUUUGCACUGUGUCAUUUCUAAGUGAGUGCGAUAUCAUUUUUGGAUCGAACUUAAAAGUUUUGGGUCCUGAUAAUUUUGAAGGUCCUGUUUCAAUCCCCCUUCCAGCUGGGUAA